AUGUCAACGGACUACCUGUCCGAGAUGUCAUUCCUGUCCAAUUUAUAUAUAGACCAAACUUCAGCUGAAAUGCUGGAAAAGGACUUGGCCAACAGCCUCAGAGAGAUCCACGCCCAAAUCAAGGUAGUAAAAACAUUAGGAGCAGCACUAAAGCACCAUCUCGACGACAAAAUAUUAGAAGGGGCCCGAGCAGGAGAACAAGUUCUCCUCAUCGAUAGGUUUUUGAGAACAGCCUUGGUGGCUAGAGAACCAAUGUGGGGAUGGGGAAAACGCUUCCUGACAGUCGACUCAUAA